AUGUAUGGCCUUUACAAUGACUCGUGGUGGCUCACCUGUAUCAAGUCAUUACUGCUAUCCUCCCAGACAAGUCCGGUACCAAUUUGCCGACCUAGGAGGAAUGGAAGGCAUGGUGGACAGGGGUGCGAGGAUCGAUUCCAUGUGUGUGUUGCAGGGUGCCACCGACCAUUGAGCCACUUGCGCUUUUAUAUAUAUAUAUAUAUAUAUAUUUAUAUAUGUAUAUAUUCAGCAGUGUGCUUUAUAGGGUUUCCCGCCAACAAAACAGCAUUUUAUGUAAGAUCACAAGAACAUUCGAUGUACCCAAAAUUUAGGUUUUUCAGCAGUAUAUUUGUAUUCGAUAUGUGCAUUGAACCAUACAAGCAUAGAUGUUUUGAUGAAGACGAAGCAGUUGUCUACGAUUCCGUCGUAAAGGUUUUCCACAUCAUUUGUCGAAAUGGUUAUGGAGAGAUACUGCAAAACUUUGACUGUUUUACGAGAACAUUGACACGAGCUGAAAUGAGGCAAUGUGAAGCUGAGAUGAUUGCGAAUAUUGGAAAAAUACCCGAUGUAACAUCUGUCGACAAAAAAGCGCGACAAGCUGCUAUUUGUGGAACAAUGCAAAAUUACAUUGAUUGUAUUCGGUAUCCAGUGCGGUAUGAAUGCGGGUACAGAACAUGGAUUGUGGUUCGCGAAAUCAUGGUUGGACCAGUACGAGUACUCCUUCCUCAAUGUGGCUUCAGCACAUCAUCUACUCACUGGCAUGUAUCCACAUUUAUUUAUUCGUUGUUCGUAUUAUAUUUUAAAUCGUAG